AUGCAUAUCCACCUGCGCAGGAAUGUCAACGACAGCGGGGGCGGCGGCGGCGGCGACCGCCCGGUAACUAUGUACACCACCGUCCGUCCCCAGCACGACUACACCUCCAGCGCAUACCAAACGUCCCCCCAACAGCAGCCCGCUCGUUUGCAAGUGGACGCGAGCGACCUGGUCAUUCCGGGGCAGUACACCGAGGCAGCGCAGCCGCCAAUGCCAGAAGGGGCCACGGGACUGAUGCCCGGCGCCGUGCGCGUCCUUCGGGCCCAGAUGGGUGCGCCGGGCUUCGGCUUCGACGCCGAGGGCCAUUCGUCCAGCGCCACGGGAAACGCCGUCUACAAGUCGGAAAUGCGCCAGCUGGGAUCAGGCCCGUCGGUGGCGAUGACGCCGCGGAGCCAGUGGGUUCUGGACUUUUAUGACAGCCAGGGCCCGGGGCCGUACAGCCUGGGCUUCUAG